AUAGAGGAGUUGGGGCACUUUGAAAUAUUUUGAAGGUCGUUAGUGGUUGCCGUCAAGGUCCGGAUAGGUUGACGCCAAUUUUUACCCUUUCCUCGAGGCAUCUGAUAAUACCUGCUAUUCUUGUUUCGCCUUUGCAGCGGCCAUCAUCUAUAGACAGCAGAAGUGAUAAGAGAGGCAUAAUGUCUGUUAAGGCAGCUCGUCGGUUCUAUCGCAUUGACAGUGCCCAUGACCUUCAGUUUCUAGAUUCUGGUGAAUCUGCAUCAGCUGAAAAUAGAUGGACAUUUGAAAUUGCCUGGGAAGUUGCAAAUAAGGUUGGGGGAAUAUACACCGUGAUUCGGUCCAAAGCAAGUGCAUCAGUGGAAGAAUUAGGUGAUCAUUAUAUACUUCUUGGCCCCUAUAAAGAGCAUUGUGCCAAGCAAGAAGUAGAAACUUUUGAGUUGCCCCAAGGUACUCCAUUGGCCAUAGCUGUCAAAAACCUUCGAGACCGUGGUUUUAAAGUAGUUACUGGAAACUGGCUAGUUGAUGGCAACCCAUUGUUAGUGUUGUUUGAUAUUGGGUCAGCUGCCUGGAAUCUUGAACAAUACAAGAAGGAGUUGUUUGAGAAGAGUGGAAUUGGGAUUCCACAACAUGACACCGAAUCCAACGACGCAGUUAUUUUUGGAUUCAUGGCCGCCCAAUUUAUCGCAGAGUUCAACCACGCAGCCUUGCAAGAGCAUCAAACGUCUAAUUCCGGUCCGGCGCCGCGCGUCGUCGCUCACUUUCAUGAAUGGCUGGCCGGUAUUGGGCUUGUCUUGUUAAGACUGUGGGGUGUUCAAGUUGCCACCGUGUUCACAACUCACGCGACACUUUUGGGUCGCUAUUUGUGUGCUGGCAAUAUUGAUUUUUACAACAAUCUUGACAAGUUCAAUAUCGAUGAGGAAGCUGGGAGACGACAAAUUUACCAUCGGUAUUGCAUGGAACGAGCCGCCACACAUUUAGCACACACUUUUACGACCGUUUCAGAAAUUACUGGUCUAGAAGCAGAACAUCUGUUAAAGAGGAAACCUGAUGUGAUUACCCCUAACGGUUUAAACGUCAAAAAAUUUUCCGCUCUUCAUGAAUUUCAAAAUCUCCACGCAAUUUACAAGGAAAAAAUUAACGAAUUCGUCCGCGGGCAUUUCUAUGGGCAUUUAGAUUUUGAUGUUGAUCGCACACUCUAUUUCUUUAUCGCCGGACGCUAUGAAUUUGGAAACAAAGGAGCUGAUGUGUUCAUUGAAGCUUUGGCACGAUUAAAUCACAUGCUUAAAGUCAGCGGUUCGGAUAAAACAGUGGUAGCGUUCCUCAUUUUCCCUGCUCGAACGCAUAAUUUCAACGUUGAAACGCUGCGUGGUCAGGCAGUUGUGAAAAGUCUCAGAGACACUAUCCAUGAUAUCCAGCUGAAAAUGGGCAAGCGAAUCUAUGAUAUUUGCUUGAGCGGUCGACUUCCAGACGCCGACGAGAUACUUCAGAAAGAAGACACUGUGAGAUUGAAGCGUUGCAUCUAUUCGACCCAGAGAGACACGCUACCUCCAAUCACAACCCACAAUGUUGUCGAUGAUGCUAUCGAUCCAGUUCUAAAUAGUUUCCGUCGCUGCAAACUUUUCAACGAGAAAAGUGAUCGCGUGAAAGUGAUAUUUCAUCCAGAGUUCUUAUCAUCAACCAAUCCCUUAUUCGGUCUCGACUAUGAGGACUUUGUCAGGGGAUGUCAUUUAGGGGUUUUCCCUAGUUACUACGAACCCUGGGGAUACACUCCUGCAGAGUGUACUGUGAUGGGAAUUCCGUCAAUUUCAACUAACUUAUCAGGCUUUGGAUGCUUUAUGGGUGAUCAUAUUGCUGAUCCGAUGAGCUACGGAAUUUAUGUGGUUGAUCGCCGGUUCAUUUCCCUCGAUGAUUCUCUCAAUCAACUUGCCCAAUACAUGUUUGAUUUCACACGACUAAACCGGCGGCAGCGCAUUAUACAGCGAAACCGUACAGAACGCUUGUCGGACCUUCUUGAUUGGAGAAACCUGUCUGUUUACUAUCGCAAAGCUCGUCAAAUGGCUUUGCAUGCCGUUUUCCCGGAGUUCGACGUGGACGAAGAAGACAAUGGUAGUGGGGUAGGCAGACUAUCGUAUCCACGACCCAUUUCGGAGCCUCCUUCUCCGACGUCCUCCCGCGCAACUACUCCAGUCCCAUCAGAUCAGUCCGAUGAAGACGAUGAAGUCGAUGAAGAGCGCGAGCUUAGAGAAUUAAGCGUCGGUGAAGACGAGAAGCGAUGAGCUUGAAGAUCUGCACAAUCAGUAGUGAUGAAGACGAAAAGGAAUGACUGCUAGAUUUAGCGGAGCGUAGUCAAAUUACUCAAAAGUACAGUCACACCUGUGAAAUUAUUAAUCCUAAUGUGCCAUGGUAUAGGGUCUAGUAUAAAAACAGCGCAUAAAUGAUUAUUAAACUUUCUUGUUAUUCUUAAGUGAUUUGUUAGAGUUUUAAGCGGGUUGUGUUUCAGUUUCAAAAGCUUUCAGUCUCAAUCUUGCCUUGUGGUGAGCCAGCCUGCGCACCAUUAAUCUAAAUAGUCUCGAUUAAUUAGGCGUAUAUCUAGAUGUAGUUCCAGUUCUGUUACAAAUACAUAAUUUCCUGUUGAA